UGCCGAUGACGCUCUUCAUUCAGUCUCAACGACUCGGAAGCCCCUCCGCACGCCUGCGGGUAAUUCGUGCAAUAUCCUUUGACGUUACGCCUUCCCCGUUAUCGUUGCCCUUGUUCUCGCCUUCAUGAAUCGUCGAUAGAGUCUUUUGCCCAUGCAUUUCGAGCAUUAUCAUGCAUAGCCUGCGCCAAAGGAAAAAAGUGCUCUUCUUACGACUUUGUACCCUUUCCGUGGCACAAAAAGUGAUACACCAGCGCAGCAUUGGCAGCAUUCCGGGGGAGUUUUUUCUUCUUCUUUCUUUUUUCAUGCCCGGUGGUUCUGUUGGGCAUCUUUUUGAUCGUUCCUAUUUCCGUUUUCUCAUAUCCGUCUCUCUUUCCUUCAUGUCUAUGCUCUUUUAUUCUGUGUCUAACUCUUUUCUCCCCUCUUCCUUUUAUGAUUACCCCCUAUCAGGAGGACAGCACGCUUCUAGGCGUCGUCCAUGCAAAAAUACAGGUUUAUUAUGUUGUUUCCAAAAACCUAGUCCCAAAUAUUCCCCACUUGAAGAAUCCAGUUGCUAGACUGGUUGAUAUCCCUAUUUUUUUUUCUCCCACGAUACCAAAAAAAGCGGAAAAAGGAACGACGAAUAGAAUUAAGAGGAGUGGAGGGGCAGAGAGAGAAAGAGACAGCGGUGCAGAAAGAAACCUCCCCUGUGCUUACUGGUGGAGCAGUGAAGUUGUUAUGUAUCUAUGUAUCUAUUGACAUAAAUGUCAUCUUCUGACCACCUGCAAUACUUUGGUCCCAUCGUGGUGUCCGUUACUGUGGUUCGAGGUGGGUCUAUGGAGUUCGCUGGGACAAGAGCGAUAUAUGGUUUGUGUCCACAGGCGCGGUACUUUUUUCUUGGACUCUCUUCCUUCCCAUCAUGUAUGAUUUG